AUGUCUUGGUAUCAUGGGGGUGCUGUGAAUUUAAUUCGUGACGUUAAUGUUACGAUGCGCGUUUUAUGUUUCGUAGGAAAACAACUUUCAAACUUUUGCGACGAAAAAGUCAAUUGUCCAAAUACUAUACGCAAAAAUUCAUAUCCUAAAGCUAUACUGUCGCAACCAUCACAGCAUGUGUAA